UUGGAAUUACACUGUCUGUAAUCUGAGACAAUACAAUGCGAGUGAAUCCAUCGGUAGUCGUAGGAUGGACGACGAUGUGGAUUAGUGUGUGCGGGUUCUUGGAUCGACCACGGCCGUUGCACGCGUGGGCCCCGGUGACGGGUCGUUCCCGCCUUGCGAUCCGUCCACCCGUUCCGUACUCCUGUUCCACACCGUACCGACGUGUUUAUCACACGGAACGACGCGGCUACGACGGUAUCCUUACCCGACGAUCCAUGUACAAUCUCCCACCACCAUCCGGCAACAACAAUAAUAACAACAACCAAAAAGGAGACGAUCUACAAGCAAUCUUGGUCAGUGUAUUGACCGUCGGAGGCGUGGUAGCCUUCUUCGCGUCGCCUUUGGGUGCCAUCUUUUUCGCCGUCUUCAAUUCUCUCGUGCUAUUGGCCAUUUUGUUGCCCGUCCUGGGCAUUGUCGGUUUCAAUUUGUGGCAGUACUGGAAUACGAUGGAAGCGCCUUGUCCGAAUUGUGGAGCCCCGGCACGGGUACUCAAAAACACGGGCGUCGCGCCGAAUCCGUCCCUGUGUUUGAAUUGUGGCAGCCUCGUUGCCGCCAACGUGGCCAACGACGGAAUCGAUGCCGUUAGUAACAGUGUCAACCCAAACGACGGGAUGGUGGACGCGACUUCGUUGUUCGAUACUUUGUUUGGUGGAACCGGGGGACUCCUGGACACGACCACUACCACUACCACGACAACGGAAUCUACUGAUCAACGAGCUAAAAAGUAUCAGAGAGAACAGACGGUCAUUGACGUGGAAGUGGAAGAGGAGGACGAAGAACAAGAACGAAAUUCCAAGUGGCGUCCCAAGCCCUUUCAGUAA